UCCAAUACGGCCGAAUGUUGGCCAAUUUAGUUUUGAAGAUCCGCAACUUAAAAUGUAAAACCUCAUUUCAGACGAAGCUUCCUAUUUCUAAUUAAGAUCUCAAUUACUGUUAUUUUCUUGGAUUUCUUUUUUUUCUUCAGAAACCAAGGAGAAGGAAUUAUUGUGUAAAACCGAGAUCUGAGAUAUGGGUUUCUUGGUAACAACCCUAAUUUUUGCUGUGAUUGGGAUAAUUGCAUCUCUUUGUACCAGAAUCUGCUGCAACCGAGGUCCCUCUGCUAAUCUGCUCCAUCUAACAUUGGUAAUCACAGCAACUGUCUGUUGUUGGAUGAUGUGGGCAAUUGUAUAUCUUGCACAAAUGAAACCACUCAUUGUCCCCAUUUUGAGUGAAGGGGAAUGAAGUUCUUUACACAUUAUGUUUCAGAACCGAGAAUGUGAUUGUGAAUCGACCACUGAGGAGCAUCUGAAUUUAGCUAUGAUGGAUGAUUUUUGUGUCUUCUGGUGUUUGGUUCUGUAUGUAACCCGAAUUUGAGCAGGAACUUAAAAGUUUGUGUUGGCACUUGUCAUCAGUUUCUCAUUUGUUAUAUUAUCAUCUUUUAUUCAAUUUUCAUAAAAAUUAGGGUUCUAUGGGACAUUAUGAGAUUUUGGUAAAAUAAAAGAUUAUAUAUCUUUUGAGAAUAA